ACAACUAAAAUCUUCCAUAUUUGUUGUCAUUUCCUAAACCUUCGUUCGUGUUACUAUGUCCCCCUGUCUGAUGAAAAACUCAAUCAAGUACUGCUAGAAAGCAAACAAAAACAGACAACUCACUUCUCAACUCUCUUUCCCACUCCACUCAACUAUGCACACCCUACCCAAACCCUUCCACCACCACCACCACCACCACCACCACACCACCUUCUCUCUCAUCCUCAUCCUCACCCUCUCACUCCAAACCACACUCUCCACCACCCCUCCAAACGACGCCGUUUCCCUCCUCAAAUUCAAACAAAGAGCCGACACCACCAACACCCUACUCUACACCCUCACCGACCCACUCAACCACUGCCAAUGGCAAGGCGUCAAGUGCGUCCAAGGUCGAGUCGUCCGGCUCGUCCUCCAAAGCCACGGCUUGACCGGCAUCUUCGCCGACCACACAUUGUCUCAACUCACCAACCUACGUGUCCUGAGCCUCCGUAACAACUCCCUAACCGGCUCCAUACCAAACCUCUCACCCCUCAUCAACCUCAAGACCCUGUUUCUUGACCACAACACGUUCUCCGGCUCCUUCCCGGUUUCACUAACCUCACUCCACCAGCUCCAGUCACUUAAUCUAGCUCGCAACAAUCUCUCCGGUUCAAUACCGGUUCAACUUAACUAUCUAGACAGGCUCAUUAUUCUCCGGCUGGAAUGGAACCGGUUCACCGGCUCCAUUCCGGCUCUCAACCUAACCGUUCUCCAGGCUUUCAACGUCUCUGCCAACAACCUCACCGGUCCGGUGCCGGUGACGCCGGCGCUUUCGAGAUUUGACAUUUCCUCUUACUUGCUAAACCCUAGCCUCUGCGGGAAGAUUGUUAACAAAAUUUGUGAUUCGAAGUCUCCGUUUUUUGAUGCUGCUUCCGGCGGUGGUUCUGGUGGUUCCGGUGGUACGGCUCCGGUGCCGGUGGUGCAGAACGGUGAAUCGGAAGGUCUGGUUGUGUCUCCGCCGGCUACGCGGCGGCAUAAGCGAGUCGGAAUAAUCCUAGGGUUUAUAAUAGCGGUUUUAACUGUUGUAGCAGUUGUUUUAUUGAUUUUCGCGAUUUGGAAUCAACGAAGUUAUCGAAAUCGAACGAAAUCAGUUGCGUUUAGCUCCGAUGCAGAAGACGAAACCGGAACCGGCAACCGUAACGGAAACGGUAACGGUUACGGAAACGCGGUUGUUGCGAUUUCAGCGAACAAUACGGUUAACACAGUGCAAAUUGUUAACAAACAAGUUGAACUUAAAGAUCAGAAGGUGCAAUUACCUGAACAUUACCGUGAGAGAAGCGGAGAUUUGAUAUUUUGCGACGGCGAUACGGCGGUGUACGGACUGGAACAGCUGAUGUCAGCAUCGGCGGAGUUGUUAGGAAGAGGAACGAUCGGGACGACGUACAAAGCAGUGAUGGAUAACCAGGUGACGGUGACUGUGAAGAGGCUUGACGCCGGGAAGACGGCGGUCACGUCCGGUGAAGGUUUCGAGAAGCAUCUGGAGGUGGUUGGGAGGCUUAGGCAUCCAAAUUUGGUUCCGGUCAGGGCUUACUUUCAGGCGAAUCAAGAGAGGCUUGUUAUUUAUGACUAUCAAGCAAAUGGCAGUUUGUUUAACCUGAUUCAUGGGUCAAGAUCAACAAGGGCAAAACCAUUGCACUGGACAUCCUGUUUGAAGAUUGCUGAAGAUAUAGCACUAGGCCUUGCUUACAUCCACCAAGCCUCCAGACUCAUUCACAACAACCUAAAAUCAUCCAACGUCCUACUCGGUCCCGACUUUGAGGCUUGUCUCACCGACUACUGCCUCUUGGUCCUUGCGGACCCCACAUGUAUGGAUGAAUCCAUUCCCACGGGUUACAAAGCCCCGGAAUUAAGAAAAUCGUACAACCGGGCCACGACCAAAUCUGAUGUUUAUGCUUUUGGAGUCCUUUUGUUAGAGCUUCUAUCGGGUAGGCCUCCUUCCCAGCAUCCACACCUAGUCCCCGAGGAUAUGGCUGAAUGGGUGAGUGCAAUGAGGGAGAAUGAUGACAUGCCACAUGAUAAUAGGCUAGGAAUGCUUGUUGAAGUAGCAGCUGUUUGUAGCAUGACAUCACCCGAACAAAGGCCCGUAAUGACACAAGUUUUGAAGAUGUUACAAGAGAUUAAGGAGACUGCCUGUAUGACCACCGACAAUGAUUACACGUAUAAUGUAUAUUCAUAACCGCUAAGCAUGAGAAGAAGCUACAAGGAAAUGGCUACAUUAUUGUCAAUUGUGGUUAUACUUUUGGACAUGCAACCACAGAACGAUAGUGAGAAGUCAACGCUUUUUGUACAAUCUGCUGCUGGUCCAGAGGAGAAUGCUGGUUAUUCGUGAAUCCAUACGUGUCAUCUACCGUCGGUAAGCUGCUGUGAAGAUUAAGUAUUGAUAUUUAAAGUAAGAUCCUACAGUUUCUGUUAUAUAUACACUCUUAUCUUUAUUCCUAUGUUUUAAUCAGUCAUAACUCGUAUUUAAAUUCGUACUUGUCUACAUCGAGGAGACUCGUGGCAGUUAGGAGAUUUAAAAGACAGUAAAAUCAUGUUUGAGAUAA